AGAUUUGAAUCGAAGUAAUGUUGAAACCGAAAGCAUUAACUGAAGUACUUGGACAAGUCAAUACGCCAAAUACGAAGAGUGGUGCUCUCCUAUUGAAUCGUGAAGGUUUACUGCUAGCCUACAGUGGUUAUGACAGUGUUGGGGGAAAUGAUGCAAAUGCAACCGUAUCUGCUGCUCUGAUUUCUAAUAUUUGGGAAACUUUCGAGAGACAGGGAGUACGAGAAAACUUAACGGAGAUGCUGGUGGAAUGCGAAAAUGGGGUGAUUGCUGUUACACGUAUAGCCAAUAUGCUUCUAGCAAUAAAAGCAAGCAGUGAAGUGUCACUUGGCCUGCUUCGGGCAAAACUUCAUGCACUUGCAGAAUACCUUUAUACACCACUAACUGUUGUUUCUUCCAAAGAUUGACAUGAAAUCUUGUCGACUUCAUUCCUUAAAUAUAGAUUUUUGAAUUGUUGACAUGAAUUGUUCGUGAAUUGAAUUCGAAUUGUUCGAAUGACAUGAAUUGACAUGAAUUGUUCGAUACCUCUUUCGGCCAGCGAUGGGCAUUCCUA